AUGGAUUCUUCAUCGCCGGGAGGGAUACAUGGGGAUAUCACAUACAGAAGUCGUCAAUUCAAAGGUCGUGGACUUCACUCACGGAGAUCCAAUCAAGUUGAACUCAAAGUCUUUGAAGGUGGACGUUUCAUCUAUCAGCGGCAUUUCAGGCGCAUUGGCCCUGCUUGGUGGGUCGAUGAGAACACAACUGCCAGAGGACGCUGGCACUGUCAUUUGGAAGACGGCGACCACGUGCUCAGCCUCUCUGGCACCUCCAAAAUCCUAAAGGCUCACCGAGCACGGGACGGUCGAUACCACAGACAUUUGCAAGCAAGCGCUUUUACCUGGGCAAUGCCAAAGUCGCAGCUCUUGGAUGAGCGCUGCAAGCAGCGAUGCAGCUCGCUGUUUUUGGGCGGCAGCCACUUUGAGGUGGCGGCAAGAGGCGCAAAGGAAAUGGCCAGACCCUUGCUACUCCAGUGUUCGGAGCAGGAUCUGAGUAACAUUGCUUGGGCAUCCGCCUCCUUGGGUUUCAACCCUUCUGGAUGGAUCUCAGAAGUGGUGGGCUCCUACGCCAGACAAUACUCGGAAGCCUGUUCACCGCAAGCUGUUGCCAACUUGCUUUGGAGUUUGGCCAAAGCUUUUGAAGGUGGCUUCGGAGAUCAGGCUCAUGAUGUUGCAAUGCAGUUCGACGCAGCAAUACUUUCUUGCUUGCCUUCCGCGCAGCCACAACACGUUGCUAAUAUCCUUUGGUCACUCGCAAAGCUCGGUGUUCCAUUGGACGCGGAAGGCAAGCUGGUUGAGAGCUUGAGCACUCGCAUGAGUGAGCUGCUUGAGGACGCUGAGAUCCAACACUUGGCGUCGGGCACUUGGGCCUUGGCAAAGCUCCAUGGCACCAAGCAGGCCACGGGCCGCACCUUGGAGUUCCUGCGGAGCUUGGUAGAUUUUUUGCGGAAAGCACGGGUCAACAAGCGGUCCGAUAGCCCGUGGAGAGUUCGCUUUGACGGACUUUUCCUGUCUCACAUCUCCAUACUUUGCUGGUCCUUUGCAAGGGUUAUGGUCAAAGAACGCGUGACCCGACAGCUAUUGAGAAGUGCCAGUAGGCAGCUGGAUACUUUCACGGAUGAAGGUGCCAUUAAAGCACAAGAACAUGCCAACUUGUUAUGGGCUUACGCAGAGGCCUGCGAAAAAACGUGGGCAGGAAUGCAAAAGCCCUAUGCAAUGCUCAAGAGGCUAGUGAACCUCCUCUGCGAUCCGAAGCUGCGAUUGCAGGGAGAGAAUGCCACAUCCUUUGCAGCGGCAGUGAAAGCUUUGGCGCGGCUCCCCAUUGGAGCUUCUCCACAGGCCCGCCAAUGGAUGCAAGCCGCAUCCGUUCGGCAAAGCAAACGCGCUGGCCACGCGGAGUUACCACCAGGGGAGGUCGUUGCCAUGGUUCGAUCUUUGGCUUCAUGUCGCUCACUGCAUCAACGCAUGAUGACGAGCUCCUUGCAAUUUCUACAAGAGGAUUCGCGCUACCAAGAGUUGCAGCCAGCGCAGUUGCAGAUGUUGCUGGAUGCAUUGGCUUUGUUGAGACCAAGGAAGUUAGCCCCGGAGCACCUGAGGUUCCUGCAAGUCGUGCAAGGGCGUUUGAACGACUUUCCUUUGCCGCUGUUGACCUCAACUCUUUCACGCCUUCAGCUUCUUGAAGGGACAGAAGAUGUGCUGAUCGCCGCCAGCAAGCGCUUCGAAGAUGCAGAGCUUCACUUGCCAAAGCAGUGGUGGAAGGGUGGACAGAAAGAACACGGAGAAGAGGGUACAGAACUUUCCUUGUGGCAAUGGGUGCGACUUGUGAAUUCUGUGGAGCCAACGCCAUGCUCAGCAGGUUCAGCACCUCGGACUACGGAGAAGCUGGCCAAGCCAUUUGCGGCCUGGUUGAGCGGUUUCUUGGAGGAUUUCAACUUGGAGACUGAGCUGCUGUUUGCAGUUCUUGAAGAGCGAGAGGACAUCAAGACCAGCAGGGAGCUUCUUCAGGAAAGUGCAGUCGCACGAUACCGAGCGCGACUUUCGGCCUUGGACAGCCUUGGGCCCCGUUUCACUCCUUUUGCUGCACAGCUUGGUCUGAAUUUUGAAGCCAAUCCUCCAUCGGAUCUUCAGGCAAAGGUGUGGCAGCAGCGCCGGGAGGAAGCUGCUGCAUUGGAGGGGAGACUGAGGUUUUUACCACAUGAUCUACCUGAUGCUGGUGGCGAGCAGAUGGCCGUUCUGCAGCACUUUGCCGUGGCCAACAACGGUGGCGCGGAGCCACGUGGCCAUGGUGCGGUGUCGGGAGAGGAGUCGGAGGAGGAGUCGGAAGGCGAAGAUAGCAGCGAGCAAGUCCUGCUGAAACGAGGUAUGCUGCUGGCAGCAAGUGAUGCUACAAGCAAGCACGCAGAUUUCAAGGUCCUCGCAAGGCUGAUGCAAGACCUUUUGGAAAGAGACAAAGAUGGGGAUGUCUCUGGCGACGUCAUGAUUUGCACCGACAAGGCCCCAUGUCUUUCCAGCUUGGGAGCUAUGAAGCAGUUCUGCCAUCAGUGGCCGAAGAUAUCUCUUCAUGUCAGCUACACUGGCUUAGAGAAAUCAUGGUCAAAGGAGAUAUCAUCGCUGUUGCCCGUUGCAGAUCCCCAAGGAACAGUUCCACCGGAUGGCGCAACACCAGCUGCCUUGGAGGAAGCGGUGCGGCGCGCACUGUCAGGACGCCGUGCGGGGCAAACGGUGGCCCUGUUGGGCACCGACCCAAGGGUGCGGGAACUCUGGAAGUCAGUUUGCGCUACUGGUGUCCGCCCUUCUGGAAAGAAUGUACCUGGAAAGAAGCGAGAGUGGCAAGACAAACUGAAGUACUUCUUGGCUCAUCGGCCCCACGCAUUUCGUUUGGAUGAUGGAGAGAAGCUGACCGUGCGGCUGGUGGAGAACAGAGACGAGGAGUCGGUGGCAGCCUUUGAAGACCUCCGCGCAGCAGUGGAGGAGACCAUCCUGGAGUUCCUGCGCAGAGGGCAGACCAGCCGCGACCACAAAGGUGGUGGGGGCUACGUGCUAGUUGAGGACGUGGCUUGCACCCCUCGCGUGUACACCCUAUGGCAAAAGCUACGGUUCGACUCCUCGGACCGGCUUGCCUUCUACUUGCGACACAAUGAGGCCUUCGAGGUUUGGACGCCAGGACGCGCUGCCAGCGCAGAUGAGGCUUUCGGCUUGAGAAGUGCUGUGCGAAUCGAUUUGCGGGAAGUCUUGAAAAAGGAUAAUAAUGGGGAGGCGUUUCAGCACGGCUCUACAGAACAUUGCCUCAGUGCUCGUCCGAGCCGGGAACAGCUUCCAGCCUCUCCAGUGCAGUAUUCCCCGCACUUCCAGAGCUCAAUGACUACGAGCUCGCCUUACACUCCACCAUCGCAGUACGUCACUGUGCGACAAUAUUCCUCGACGUCGGUUCAACUUCCUGCCCCACAGGGUAUACCAUGUGCGUCUGCCUCGCGAUCUGCACCUGUUCCUCGACGUUCCCAUCCAUCAGCGAUCCCACCGCAGCUGUGGCCGGUCACGGAGACAUCUUCCCAGCCGGAGCCACAGCCGCCUUUGAAGCCUGGCGAGAGAAAGCUGUCACAGGAGAACCCCUUGAUGUCAAAGCCACCACUGGAAGGGCAUCGGCCUUUCCUGCAGGAUAAGAAAGUUCCAGAGAUGCCGAAGAGACGCAGUCGAGCGGAGUCUGCAAGCACACAAGAGAGCAGUGCCCAGACGAAGACCCCGGAACGCCUGGUUGCUGAAAUCAGCGAGGAACCUGUUGCGCCAGUGACUUUGAUGGACUUGCAGGCUGCUUGUCCGAUUGAAACGCUGAAGGCUAUACCUGUCGUGACGGAUGCUUCGGCGGCUUCGGCUGCACCAGCCGUACCGGCAGCACGAUUGGAUAAGACGUUGCCUGCGACGCUGGUGCUCUCACGAGAGGCGUUGACGGAAUGCACCACAGAGGCAGUGGACACGCCCGUUUUCAACGCUGUGCCUCUGAGUUUGGACUUUGACGCAUCGGAUGCCAAGGUCAGUGACAAGGAUGCAGAGGAAGCGGAGAAAAAGGACACCACAGACACCACUGAGGCCCUUGCUCCAUCGCAUGCUGCAGCAGCCGCCUCAGAGGUGCAGGGAUGCCAUAUUUGUUGUGCUGCAGCCUCUGAACAGGGCAAACGACCGGCGCAAGAGGACCGGUAUGUUCUCAUCCCCAACUUGGCAGCGCAUGGGGGGGCCAAAUGGUCGCACCUGCCGCAGCCCUGCAGUCUUUUGGGAGUAUUUGAUGGGCACAUGGGAAGUGCUUGCUCUGAGUACAUGGCAAAGCGAUUGCCUCAGAAACUGUUGGAACAACUGGCGGGUUCAGUGCAGCUUGCACAGAUCCCCAAGUUGCUUGUGGAGCUCUGCAACGAAUUAGACGAGGAUUUUCUCAUGGAGCACGAUUGCCCAGAUGGUUCCACUGCCAUCAUUGCUCUGGUUCUGGGAACGGACUUAUUCAUUGCCAAUCUAGGUGACAGCGGCGGCGUGCUGUGCGGCGACGUUGUGACACCCUUUGCGUUUCCAAAUCACAAACCCGGUUCUGCAGUGGAGGAGAAACGCAUUAGUGAAGCAGGUGGCUAUGUGCUGGAAUUGGGCGGCACAUUGCGAGUAGUUCAUCCGGAUUUUCAAGAGCGCUUGGCAGAGCUUCAAACCAAAAGUGCCUCUGGAGUCACUGGAGACUGGCCGCAAGCGCUGUCUCUCAGUCGCGCAUUCGGUGACCGGGACUUUAAAAACUUAUUCGAUGGGUUUCAACGUGUGGACUUGGUGAGCUGCUCUGCAGAUGUAAAACAUUUCCAGCUGGCCAGGGGCCAUGGUGCAAUAGUGCUCGUCUCUGACGGUGUCACAGAUGUGCUGCCGCUAGAGGAUGUGUCGCAGCAUGUGAUGCGCCACACUGAUGCAGCGGCGGCAUGUAAGGCAGUGUGCAAUGAGUCGUUCCGCCGCUGCACUGGUGACAAUGCACUGCGCCGUGCAGUCGAGCAGCAACAGCCUCCCGCCCUGCGGGAAGCGCUGGCAGAGGCUGUUGCUGCAGGCAGCGGAUGGGAACUUAUCGAGUGGGCUCACGACAAGUGCCGGGAAUUGGAGCAUGAGGCUUGGAAGAAGAGUAUGCAACACGCAGCGAUGGAUGCUUUGCAGCAUGUCCUGGAGCAACCGAAGGUCUCAGCUGAGACGUUGUCAGAUGCUUGUGAGCAAGCUUGGCAGGCGGGAGUUCAAGCCGAAGCGCUGGAGUCUGCACAUGAGGAGUGUGGCCGGCGACGGCUUCGUCAGGCUGCGGAAGAGGCGCUGCUCUCAACACUUGGUGAACGAAGUUUUUCCGCGGAUUUCAUGGAGCAGCUGCAGCAAGUGGUAAAGCAAGCAGAGAAGGCGGCAGUUUCAACUGACCUCUUGAACUAUGCCCUUGGCCGACUAGAGGAGCUUCGUGAUCACACGCAGAAGCACGAAGUCACGGCAAGAGCUACUGAAGACUUAUCAGCUUUCUCACCAGACACAUCUGCCGAGAUGAUCCCUGCACUGGACAUGGCACUGACAGCAAGGGUGUCAAGGGAGCAGUUGGACAAAGCUUGGGAGAAGAAGGCGUCUUUGAUGGUGGGGAGGGACGUGGGCAGCUGCAUGACCACAGCAAUCCAAACCUGCCAGCGAGGCUUUGCGGCAAAGGAUUGGGCCACACAACUGGGAGCCGACGGAGACCGAGCCGAGACCAUCGCGGUGGAUCGACGCUUUUUGGCGGGAGAGAGCAGCCGCAUGGUCUUGCUGCAUGACUAUCGUGAUUUGAAGUUCUUGCAGAGGGUUUCAGCCGUAGCCUUGUUUGGGACAUUAAUGUCCUCCUCUGGUUUGGCCUAUGCUUUGGCUUUGACAUGGCCAGUGGAGCGCUGUUUGAUGUUUGCAUUCCAAAUGGUCGGUGUGCCGCUGGCACUGCACGCAUAUUUGCGAACAUAUGUGGCCCGUGCUGUCUUGGAUCCCAAGCGAUCGCAGCUGCUGAUCACUGGCUGCACCUGGUUCGGUGCCCCACGGAGCACGGAGGAGGUGAUCUUCCUGGACCAGUUGAGGCCUGGCCACGCCCUGGAGGGAGGCUUCAUCAAGUUCCGUUUGGAAGGCUCAGCUUGGGACAUUUCUCGGUGGAUCUGGUUUCGCAUGCCACGGGGUGCGCAUGGAACCGACACCGUGCGCCCUGGAAAGCAGGUGGGGAACAGGCCUGUUCAACGUUCAGCCCAAGCCGUUGAAAAGAGCUCAGCGACUGUUGAGCAACCAGGCGUCGGCCGGCGGCAUUUUCUGGGAGCAGGCCUUGGCGUUGAAGGCCGAGAUCGCCCAGAAUUUGCAGCACCCCGGGCUCCGCAAAUCAGGCAGACGCCAGAGCAGGUGACGCCACAAGGUCCUCGAAGAGUCCUGCAGGCUCUCAGGCUGCAAGAUGGCCUGCCAGCCUCGUCACAGGAAGAGCAGAAGUUGUUUGACUUCUUCAGCGAACCUGCAGCCUUCGGCCUGGGGCCUGGCGUCAUCAAAUGCAUUGACUGGUGGCAGUGCUUAAAACGCGAUGGAUUAUAUUGCACGCUCGGCGUGGAAAAAGAAGCGGUGAAGUUGGAGAUCCACGAGUGGCAGGCCGAGAAGACCCGACUGUCAAAGCGUCGGCCAUCAGUGGCACUCUUACAGGACUUGGAGGAUGCACCAGUGGUUGCAGCACCCAGCGAGGAGGAAGUCGCUAUGGCUUGGCGUCCCAAGGAAAAUGCCUCUGGAAGCAGCAGCAGCGAGAACUUUUUGACAAGAGGUGAUCCUGAAAGUCAAGGGCGGUGGACUGUGCCGCCAAGACUUCCCUCUGUCGAUCGUGCUACUCCUCCGCGGACACCUCCAAGGAAUGGUGCGGAGAUGGUGGAGAAAGAAGAGGUUGAAGCAAGAGACUUCCGCAGCAACGAGCUACGGCCACAUGUGAUGCGGAGCUCCAGCGGACCACGUGCUGCAAGUGUGGGUCAUAGAUACUCACCAUCACCCAGACCAAAGCCAGAGGACCUGCCUUGUUAUGGCCUUGAUGCUGAAUUGAAAGCGAAGGCUGCAGCGAAAUACAGUCACGCUGCCGAAGAAGCUGCUGCGAACUGGGUUCAGGCUGUGACUGGCCACAAUUUUCAAGUUGACUUUGGCACGACUCUCCGCUCAGGCGCAAUCCUGUGCGAUCUCAUCAACUGCAUUCGACCCCGCAGCAUCGGCAAGGUGAACGCACCAGGGAUGCCCUUCAAAGAACGAGAGAACAUUUGCAAUUUUCUUCGGGCAUGUCGUUCAUUUGGAGUACAGGAGUAUGCGCUCUUCUCCACAGAUGACUUGUACGAAGAGAAGAACUUGAUGUCUGUGGUCAACUGCCUUCAUGCCUUGGGUGGUGCCAUCCAGCGAUCCGUGCCUGAAUUCCCAGGUCCCCAUUUGGGUGUGCCGGAUACCUCCAACACGAAGCGCGAUUUCAAACGAGAUCUUGGGCCGGUCUCACAAACUGGAGGACUCCGAGGUCCGCUAGAGAGAUCACAUUUGGACGUCGUCUCCAAUGCCAACGUGAGAGGUGGUGGUUGCUGA